AUGGCCAACCGCCUCCAUGUGGCCGUGCUAGACGCGGAUAUUCCUUGCUUAUCUGUAUACGCCCAACGAGGUCUCUACAGUUCGCAGUUCCGCGUUCUUCUUCAGAAUGCCGCGGAGCGUCUGAACAAAAGUGCAGGCAUCCAGCUGCAAAAUGGCCCAGUAGCAGUGCAUGUCACGGCCUUCGAUGCCGUCGGGGGCACACUGCCACCUCUUGAAUGCCUUCGCUCUACUCCACGAUCUCCAGAAACCAACAGCGGACCGUUUGGUGCGAUCGAUGCGAUUUUAAUUACCGGAUCUGCGCACUCAGCAUACGACCCCUGCCCGUGGAUUGCGCAACUCCAAACUUUCAUUCAGACAGUGCAUGCCAACUACCCUCUGGUAAAGAUCUUCGGCUCCUGCUUCGGCCACCAGGUCAUCGCGCAGGCUUUACUGUCGGGAUCGGCACAAUCAGCCCCUGCAACCUCGACAUUCCACGUCGAGCAUUCGCAGAAGGGCUUUGAGAUGGGUAUCCAGCCUAUCAUUCUGGACCCAUCAUUCACGGCAUACUUCCCUCCUCUGGUGUCACCUUCUCCCUUCCGCAUCCAGUUGAUCCACGGUGACCAAGUGGUUCCAACUCCUGAGGCUACAGCUGCAGCGAAUGCAGGGAAGACACAAGUCUCGCUCCCGGCACCGUGGAUGAACAUCGGCAGCAGUGCCGUAUGCCCGAUCCAGGGACUUUACAAUCCAGGCCGGGUCCUAUCUUACCAAGGCCACUUUGAAUUCGACACAUUCGUCAACCACGAACUAUGCCACGAAUUCGGACGACGCGCUCGCUGGUCCGCGAUAGCUGUGGCCUCAUACGUGGAACAGAUCGAGCGCUCUCUUGUCCCGGGGCAGGAGGACGACGACGAUUCCAAAGCUGCAGCAGAAGCAGUACUGCUGUUCUUCGCGGGCGAAGACCAGCCCUCCAAAAUGGCCCCCAUUGCACCCAAUGGGAUGAUUACGCCUCCACUCGAUUCUCCAGCCGCUUGA